AUGCGCAGUCUUUUUGCGGCCAUUGUUGUGAUAUCUACACUGACAUCGUUUACUGUUAUUAAUGUUUAUUAUCAAAAGAAGCAAUUCUACCCAACGGUGGUUUUUCUAACGAAGCACAAGCCAUAUUUUGCAUUGAUUGUUCUACAAUGCUUUGCUUUUCUACUUGUCAUUGCAAAAAUAACAGCCUGGAUUUUCUUUGGUGACAUUCGAAGAACAGAGAUAGACAACGUAUUUUCGCGUUUAAUGUAUACGUCAUUCGACAUGUGCCUGCUUUUCACGUUUUUUCAGGAGGAUAUCAGUACAAAGUUUUUGUUCUUGUUCUCGGUUAUAAUAUUUAUGAAAGGAUUCCACUGGCUGCUAGAAGGACGUGUGGAUCUUAUGGAGCGAACUCCUGUUAUCAGGGCUUCAUUUCAUGUUCGAACAAUAAGCUUUAUGGCAUUAUUGGUGAUAAUUGACAUUUUCCACAUUUCUCAUUUCUACUGGGGUGUAUCUACGCAAAACGUGGCAUCUCUUGCUGUUGGCGCUGAGUAUUACAUUCUAUUUUUCGAACUCAUUUCCACAAUGAUGCGUUACGGGCUUCAAGUAUUUGAUUCGAUGCGUGAUACCCCAUGGGACCAGAAAUCGCUCUAUCUCCUUUAUGUUGAUGUUUUUGUUGGAAUGCUUCGUGUUUUCUUCUACCUGGAGUUCGCUCCGAUACUGUGGAAACAUCACCCUUUUCCACUAUUUAUAAUUCGACCAAUUUACCUGAAUCUACGUUUCCUAAAGAAGACAAUUAGGAAUCUGGUGAUGUCACGACGAGCUAUUCGACUAAUGAAUAGCGUGUUUCACGAUGUCAAUGCUGCUGAUAUGGCUGCUUCGAGUGAUGCUGUUUGCAUUAUAUGUCGGGAGGAAAUGAUGCCGCAGUCAGACACCCUAACUACCAUCGCUCCGGGGACCAUAAAGCGUCUCCCAUGCGGCCAUAUCUUUCACGCGACCUGCCUUCGAAACUGGUUCCAGCGUCAACAAACCUGUCCCACUUGCCGCCUCAACAUCCUUCGUCGACCAGGUAAUUCGGAUCAAGCCAAUCGACCUCAAAGGCGUGGCGCCAGACCAAGUCAAGGCCAACAGUCGCAACAACAGCAGCAAGAUCAAGUACAGAACCGAAGGAGUGCAAGCACUGCACAAAUCCGCAUCGAUAUUCAACAUAUGUCUGGAGGAAAUACUGUGGAGACCAAUGUUCAGGCCCUGCCUUCUGGUACUACGGGUCCAUUCACAUAUUUCCCACCAAAUAUACAGUUCUCAGGGGUCGCUCAGACGAAUCAAAGCGGCAAUGGCGUGCCUUCAAUGUUUUCCACUCCCCCGAUUAUUAUUCCCGGUGACCAAUUCCUCCCUGGUGUCACCGCGCCCAUGCCCGAGGCGCCAGUAGAUCUGGCGCAGUCGGCUACCACAGAGCGCGAAUUACGAGCCAGCGUGGAGGCGCGCAUCGCUACGCUGCAGCGUAUUCAGCUCCUCCUCGACGCCUCCAUUGUCCAGAUGAAUUCCUACCUGGCAGCCACUACACAGGCUCCACUUAUCCCUCCUCAUGACACGCAAAAAGACCACCCUCUCAGAGGUGAUGCGGUGUCUAACGGUGGCAGUCAAGGCAUUGAAAAGGGCACCUUAAACAGUGAUGCAAAAUUGACCAACUCAGGGGAUGUAAAGCCAGAUCCGAGGGCUGCAGAAGCUUCUGAUGAGCUUGCUGUUCUUCGGCAACGCCGAUUGGAGAAGCUAUCAAGCUCUAGCAAGGAGAGAUCAGAGCCCUGA